AUGAAAUAUAUUCAAUCAAUCGUAUUAAUUUCAUUAGUUAUACUAGUUUCAUCUAUUUCUAUUGGUCAAAUACCAAAGGCACGACUACUCCCAGGAUCAAGCAAUCAAAUAAUCUGGCUUUUCAAUCAAGUCAAUUUCAACGCAUGUCUUUGCAACGCUCUUGAUACAUACUCAUUAUCACAAAUUGCUGCCUUCAAUAUGUAUUCCUUAAAUUCAACUUGUCAACUUAUUCUAUCACUUCCCGUAUUGUCGCCGCGGAUUAUUAGUGAUAUUGAAUCUACUCUUAUUCUUCUUCAUCCACUUACUGAUGUUCCUUGUUGUUCGGAUUUAUCAUGGCUAUUAGAUCGCAUUAAAUUUGCAUCACAACCAUCAGGUAGUGUUACACAGCCAACAAGUAUUUCAAUCAAUUCAAAUAAUACAUUGAUUUCAACAAUGAUCUAUGAAGGAUUAUUUGUUAGCUUUUAUCGAAAUAAUCUAAGUUUAGAAGGAAUACAUCCAUUACCCAGUGGGUAUAAAUGUGUUACUGCAUAUUAUCGACGUGGUUUUCUCUUUAUGGGAUGUAAUAUACCUUCGGGACUUGUCAUUUUUAAAGAAACAGAUGUAACAACACCAAUAUCACAAAUAAAUAUGCCACUAAAUGGACGGGGAGUGUCUUUUGCACGUAAUGAUACAUUGAUGUUUGGUGUAUCUCAAUAUGAAAAUUCGUCUAUCUAUAUUUAUAAUAUUAAUUGGACACCAAACAUAUCCACAUCAAUAGUUCAAACUUUUACGCCUACUUCUACUAGUUCUUGGGCAAUUAAUACCGUCAAUGAUAGCUUUGCCUUAAUGACUAGUUGGGAUUCGAGUACACCUGUUUAUGCAAUUAAAUCAUCUUCUGGCACAAACAAAACAUGGUCUCGAGCUCCUAUAAACGCUACAAAAACUGGAUUAACAGAAUUUCCAGGAGAAGCAGUCACUGAUAGUUGUGGACGCAUAUGCAUGGUUGCUUAUGGAUUCGGAAUACGAAUAUUUGAUCCAUCAGGAACAAUACUCUUAACUAACUGGACACUUUCAGCAGGAUUAUCUAAUAUCUUGUUGCUUGCCAAUUAUGAACUUUUUGUAACAGACUAUGAUGGAAAUUCAAUGUACCAUUUUAAUCCAAAUCUUCAAUGUACAAGAUGA